AUGAGUACAAGCCAAGCAUCGAGCGACCCUAUGGGCCAGCUUCUGAAAGAAUAUUGCCCACCGCUCGACAGCGCCAUUGUUCUGGCAAUUUUACUUGAUUACGAUAAUGUCGAAGACGCCCGCGACAUUUUGGAUACUCUCAAGGCCGAAACUAUAGUAGACGAAGCCGACGGAGCCGACCUAUCCGACUUCAACAACUAUAAUGUCUUUACCGACGAAGACACUAAUACUACGCUAACUAGCGUUAGUAAAAGCGAAAAAGGUGCCGGUGGUGAUCGGGAGAUAACAGCUGACGAUCCAGUAUACCCGUUAACCGUGAUGUUCCCAUCGACCGCGGUUUUUACCUUACGCCAUACCCUUCAGAAGUGUGGCAGUGAUGUCGACCGCGCUAUUGAUGAGCUACUCAACCUUGGGUUUUUGGACGGUGAAGGGGAAGGGUUGAAGGGUGUUGAGGCCUUUUCGGAAGAUUCUAUGCAUCUGAAUAGUAGUAGGCGUAAGGGGAAGAAGAAGGUUAACCGGCAAUCUCAAAGUGGGAAUAUAUUGGAGGAGCUUGAUGCCGCUGGUGGGGGUACUGCACCAUCGAAGUGGGAGCAGAUGGAGACGGAGGUCACUUUCUUGGCCACCAAACUCAAUGUUCCCCCCCAAAUUGCCAAAUCAGCAUACCAUAAACAUGGGAGUCUGUCGAGCACAUUGGUUGCAUUGAUUGAAAGCCAUGGAGAAGGUGAUACAAUUCCCGAAGACGCAUCGCAUCUUGAAAAUAUUAGCUCCAUCAUGGCGAAGCACCCGAGGUUGCUACAGUCUCACGUUGUCGGUCUGGUCAAAAUGUGCAAGGACGACAUCCCCAGCGCAUUUAAAUUCGCAGAACUACUGAAUAGAAGACAACUUCACAAACUUACCGUGGAAACUACCCCACAAACCCCGAAUCCAAAGAGUCCAACUUCUUCAAUCGUACCUUCUUCGGAUCCCUGGAAUUUCGUGGUUAGCCCGAGAAGGACUCCAACUUCACCGAGAAGCCCCACGUCGCCACGAAUGUCCUAUCGAACCGCAGCCCUUACUGCUAACGACCACGCUGCAGCUCGGAAUGAGGCAUAUAACAAGGCUUCGGCUGCUUAUCGUCGCUCUAAAAGUGAUCAUUUGAUGGGUGCUGUUGCUACUUACUAUGCCGAAGAGGGUAAAAAUCACGGAACCCGACUGAAGGCGUAUAGUCAUAUGGCUGCUGAAGCUUUGGUGAACGAAAACUCUACUGAGUAUACGCUUGACCUACAUGGAGUCACUGUUCAACAGGCUCUGAAGAUUACGAAUGAAAGGGUUACUAGUUGGUGGGUGCAGAUCAAUAGUAACGACACUAGGGCCGUGAUUCCCUUUAACAUUAUUACUGGUAUUGGGACUCAUAGUAAAGGUGGACAGUCACGACUAGGCCCUGCUGUAUCCAAGAUGCUGAUUAAAGGCAAUUGGAAGAUUGAGGUUCGACCUGGGAACAUCAUGGUCCUAGGUGUUCAGAAAAAGUAA